UAGAAAAUCCAUCGAUUUCUACGAAUUGUACUAAUUUGAGAUUGCUUUAUUUAAUUAUUAAAGCUGGCUAUCAAUCUCGACUGUGGUUAAAAUAAGUCAAAAUUUUAUUGCGGUUCCAUAAUUGCAUCAUUAAAAUCCAUUAAAGAUGACGGUGGACGGCGAUGAGAAACCUCAACGUGAUCGCGUGUUUAUGGACAUCAGCAUCGGUGGCUUACCCUCCGGUCGGAUAGUUUUCGAAUUAUUCAAUGAUAUUGCACCUAAAACCGCUGAGAAUUUUCGUGCACUAUGUGCCGGCGAUAUGGGUGUAGGCAAAACCACCGGCAAAGCUUUGACUUACAAGGGCAUGGUCUUCCAUCGCGUUGUCAAGGACUUCAUGAUACAGGGUGGUGACUUUACCAAUGCUAAUGGUACUGGAGGAGAGUCAAUUUAUGGAGGAACAUUUGAAGAUGAAACGUUUGAACUGAACCAUGACAGGCCGUAUCUAUUGUCUAUGGCAAACAGAGGGAAGGACACAAAUGGAUCACAGUUCUUUAUAACAACACAGCCGGCACCGCAUCUCGACAAUGUGCACGUGGUGUUCGGUCACGUGGUGAGCGGUGCGGCGCUGGUGCAGCAGCUGGAGGCCUUGCCGGUGGACCGCAACGCGCGACCGCUGCAGGAUGUCACCGUCGCCAACUGCGGCCAGCUAGUUCGGCUUAAGGGCGGCAAGAAGCGUAAACAGGAGAAGGAAAAAACUGAAAGUGGAGAGGAAUCUGAUAAAUCUGUCAAAAAGGAAAAGAAGAAGAAGAAAGAUAAGAAGAAGAAGAGACAUCAAUCCGGUCCGUCUGAGGAAGAGGAGGGAGAGGCUCCCGAGGCACCUUCUCACCCCCUGGUCCAGACCACCAAGAUAGACCCCCGUGAGAUACCGGAUGUCCCCACCAACAGGUUUCUGAUGCGCGGCGGGCGAGAUCAGGACAGAGAUAAAAAUGACCCCAAGAGGGACAGAGAGAGGCCACGUUUCCGCGAGAAAGAACGUAACGCCUACACUCGCAGCGGGAGGAUCAUCAAAGGCCGCGGUGUAUUUCGCUACCGCACUCCGUCCCGCUCGCGCUCGCGGUCCCGCUCUGUGACGCCGCCGCACUGGAGGCAGGCGCAGCGCAGGAUCGUCAAGUAUUCUGACAUUGAGCGCGUGGAUCCGGACCAAAAGGAUCAGGAACCUCCAAGAAACAACAGACCAGCUGACAGAUAUCAGUAUAGACCAGAUGAACCGGGCACUCCUGAAGGUCCACAUGAGAAGGAAGAAGGGGAAUGUGACACCACUAUGGAAAGAACUCUACAUGAAAAGGUGGAUUACAAUGCCCUGGACUUUGAGGAGGAUGUGGAACAUGCAGAAGAGCGAGAGGCGGGGCGGCGUCGCUGGGAGCCGCCGGCGGGGCGCGCGGAGGCGCUGGCGCGGGCGCUCGGAGUGAACCCCAGACACGACCAGAUCAGGGAUGCGAGAGACGCAAGGGAGAGGGACUUCAGGGAGCCGAGGCGUCGGGAGGGGCUCGCGUCAGCAGUUAGCUACGCCCCUAAAAUAGCCUCCGCCGUCGCCAACGUCCAACCCGCCCAGGACAAAUACGAGAACAGGAGCAAAGGGGCGGCAGAUGAUGAAUACGACCCUGUCAACCUGCUGAGGAGCACCUUCAGCAAGAAUAAAGAGAAGAAUCAGAUGAAAGAAGACAAACCUGACCGUAGAGAAUACAAGCCCAGAGACAAUAAGGACGACAGACGCGAAAAGUACAGGAGUGAGCGAGAGAGGAAACACUCUGACAGGGACGACAAGAGAUUCGACGAUCGCAAACAUUCGGAGAGUAAAGACGACCGUAGAACAGAUACGAGAGAUGCGCGUAAAAUUUUGGACGACAAAAAGAAAAACAACGAUUCUGAUAAACAUAGGGGGGACAGAGACAAAAAUAGGUCCAAAGAUCGGAGCGAAAGGCGAGAAAGGUCUAGGAAGAGGGAAGAUAGCCACGAGGACAGAAGAAGGGAUGACAGAAGAGAUAAAGAUAGGAAGAAGCAUGGAUCAGAAAAUAGGUCACCAGAGCAUCGGGAGAGGAAGCAUUCUUCGUCGGACGCAAGAAAGAAAAGCCCUGACAAGUCUUUAGAUGAGAAGAGCAAGGAGGUGGAGAGGGACAAGGCUCGCAAGGAGCUCAUGGAGAUCGUGCGGCUGAUCAAGUCCAGACAGAAGGACAGGGAGAGUAAGGCCACAGAAUCGAAGAAGAAGCGCGACCCGUCGAGCGACUCGUCGGACGGCGAGAACCGCAAGCGGCGACGAUCGCGCGGACGCGAUUCACGCAGCAGGUCCAAGCGUCAGUCCAGGAGUCCAAGACGCGCAAGACGGUCUUCCUCGUCACACUAGAAUUAAUAUCACAAGGUAAGACACUCCAUUGGCGACACACGAGUUCAAUCAUUAACUUUAUUACGUCUUUAAGUACAUACAAUAGACAAUUUCUAUCGAAGAAAGAGAGAGAUAGAUUAGUUAGUAAGUUACCCUGAAGUAAAAUGUUUUUUUUAAGACAAUGAUUGUUUUUCGUGUCGACAAUUCGGUUUUUUUUUUAAUAUGACCAAUCGUAAAAAAUAAAUCA